UUUCAUAGCCAGUAUAGGUCUGCCUUUACCUUAUCGAGGCAACACAGAUUGUUGAGCACAAGCUGAAUUGAACGUGUUUCGACUAGCUUUAGAUAGACUCUACAGAAUUCUUGGGUGUGAUCUUAUCAAGAUCCCGGAUAUGAUAAAACAUGUCUCGCAAACGAAGUGACUCAACUAUCAGGUUGGACUACUACCACCAUCUUGUCAAAACAACGAUUCUUUGUCAUCAGCAUCCAGUAACGGGCUUAUUGCCGGCUACUGCAAAUACUAACGGUGAUGCUUGGGUGAGAGACAACGUCUACAGUGUGAUAGCUGUAUGGGCUCUGUCCAUGGCAUAUCGGAAACGAGCCGAGACAGACGAAGAUCGCGCAAGAGCUUACCAACUGGAACGUAGUGUAGUCAAGUUGAUGCGUGGCCUACUUUUUUGUAUGAUGAGACAGGCUGACAAGGUGGAAUCAUUCAAGAGAAUGCCAAUCAAAGAGAAUGCUCUUCACGCUAAAUAUGACAUUACAAAUGGAGCAACUUGUGUAGCUGACCAUCUGUGGGGACAUUUGCAGGUGGAUGCAACUUCUCUUUAUAUCCUCAUGUUGGCUCAAAUGACAACAUCUGGUCUUCAGAUAAUCUUUUCAUUGGAUGAAGUCUCUUUUGUACAGAAUUUAGUGUUCUACAUUGAGUCAGCAUAUCGAACUCCAGACUUUGGCGUCUGGGAGCGUGGUGACAAGACAAACCAGGGACAACCAGAACUAAAUGCAAGCUCAGUGGGAAUGGCUAAGGCUGCUCUUGAGGCUAUUAAUGAAUUUGAUUUGUUUGGUUCUCUUGGAGGACCAGAAUCAGUCAUUCAUGUGUUGGCAGAUGAGAGGCAACAUUGCAGAACUAUUUUUCACUCAUUACUACCUCGUGAAUCAAGCUCCAAGGAAGUUGACUCUGCACUUCUAACUGUGAUUGGGUUUCCAGCAUUUGCUUGCAAUGACUGCGAUUUGGUAGAGCAAACAAGAGAGAAGAUAGAGAAUGAACUGAAGGGUAAUUAUGGUUGUAAAAGAUUUAAACGUGAUGGCUACAGGACAGUUAUGGAAGAUCCUCGACGUCCAUACUAUGAGCCAUCAGAACUCAAGAAUUUUGAUAACAUUGAAUGCGAAUGGCCUGUGUUUUUCUGCUGUCUUCUUCUGGAUGGACUUUUUCAUAACAACAAAUGCCAAGUGGAUGAAUAUCGAAGCUUGCUUGACAAGCUUAUUUUACAACAAGAUGAUUUGUUGGUGUAUCUUCCUGAAUUAUACUAUGUCCCUAGAGACAAGGUUGAUCUUGAAAAAGCCACUCCUCACUCGCAAGAGCGUUUGCCAGGUGGAAAAGUUCCUCAUCUUUGGGGACAAUCACUAUAUAUUGUAGGAUGCUUAUUACAAGAGGGUCUCAUAGUGGCUGGUGAGCUUGAUCCUUUGAAUAGGCAUUACUAUGUAUCUCCCAAGGUUGAGCUAGUUGUACAAGUGGCUCUCGUUGCUGAAGAUGAGGCGAUGAAGCAGGAGCUGAGUGAAUAUGACAUUCCAUCCCAAACUUCUGAUGAGCUGAGUCCAAUACGCAUUCUACUGGCAAGACAAUUAAGCAAGGCAUACACAAGUUUAGUUGUCUCGCGAAGAAGCUGUGCAGAAAGUACAAGGACGAUAGAAGACUGCUGGCUAGAAUGACGAAAUGUGCAUAUUAAUCUGCUUCACUUGACCAACAUUUUAUGUACGCUUAGGUGAGGGGAAAGGGAAUGCAGAAAAGAGUAUGCUUUGUACGCUUGAGUAAAUGUCGACUAUUAUGGAUGAUCCCUAAGGGAUUUUAUGCAGA